AAACACCAACAUUACAAACGUAAUUUUGGCUGUCAAUUUGACAACCAACUCUUUUUAUAGCUGUCAUAAUUUUUUUAUAAUAUAAUUCGCCAUAUUUGAUUUAUCGAACAUCGUUCGCAUUGUACUAAAAAUUACUUAUAAAAUUAUACUUCAAAGUGCUACUAACAAAUCGUGGUUUUCUUCGAACGCAUCUCCAUCACACACCAGCCCUUCAGCCCAACAGAAGUUGUACAUGGUCCUUCGAGCGAGAACAAGGAAAUACGGACCGAAGAAAACCAGUGUGCAGUCGUGGACAACGCCCUUUUGUUCUGUGCAGUAGUACCUAAAUAUACGCCAGGAUUAAGCUACAUCCGCCACAACGCCACAGAUCGAUUUGUUCUACAGAGUGCAGUGUAAUAAAUAUUUGGUUUGAGUACGUCUACGUUUCAUAUACGAGGGGCGAGUGCAAGUCAUAAAUAUUAUCUGCCCGCCUGCAAAAACUCGUCAAUCUUACCUACCAAAACACAGAAGAACGCAAGAUAUCAGUGAUUUUUUGCAAAAUUUCAACGAAUUACGUCUUUUAUCAAGCUCAUCAACAGGUUUGGAAUCCAUCAAUCAACAUCAAAAUUACGCAGUCACGUAAGGCUCAAUACAUUUUAUUCUUUGCCGUUUGCCGACCCUGCUUUUUAAAACGUCAAACUACAUACUUGAAUUUGCCGCCGACGGAACAAGUGUCAAUUGAAAUUUUCCGGCGAAUCACGCGUUAUGACGCGUUGCUGCAUGACGCCCGUCCACCAAUCAGCAAGCAGAAUUCCGCAUAUCAGCCUACCCGGAAAGAAUUUCUAUUUUAUUGGCCAACACGCAAAGGAAAUUAUUUCAUUGGCUAAUUCAAGAAAAAGGACGCCACGUCGGACCUAUAACAGGAAUUCAACCGAAUUCCAUUUUUUUUUCACUUUUUCGUGCUUGUUGAAACUCGAGCUGUAAAUUUUAACUUAAGAUUAAUUUUAAGAAAACUAGCAAUACAAAUAAUAAGUGCCUUUACUGCUACUACGAUUUAAAUAAUAAGUGCCUUUGUGCCCUGUUUUUCAAUAGUUUUAUAGUACUGUUGUAAGUUGUGCGUAACAUAAACCACCAUGCCUGCCGAUCAAGAUUGUGAGCAAACAACUUCGAUUACCGCUUUGAAACAACGACUAAAAGGUAUUAAAUCUUGGGUUUCUAGGUUAGCAAACGAGAUCGAGACACUAACUGCAGAAACUGCAACAGCAGUUAUCGUUCAAGUCAAAGAAGAGCGCCUCCGCGCCCACUUUACCAAGUAUGAAGAAUGUCUUCUACAAAUUAUAUCUGUAGAUCCAAGUUUCGACAUGGACGUGACUGUUGAGCAGAAAUACAUGAACUCACUUGUUAAAAUAAAACAAUUGUUAUCGAAUAGGGAACUUUCAAAAGACGAAAAGCCGGUUAGUGACCCGAUCUCAAGAUUGCCUGUCAAUUUGCCUCCAAUAAAUAUACCUACGUUUACAGGAAAAUAUACAGAAUACAAAACAUUCAUAGGUAUAUUUAAUGCAGUGGUACAUAAGGACAAAAGAUUGGAAAAAAUACAAAAAUUCUAUUAUUUUCAAAUGUUUUUACAAGGUGAACCUUAUAACCUAAUAAAGAACUUACCAAUGUUGGAAAGUAGUUAUGAUGAAGCUUUAAAAAUCAUAGAUGAACGUUACAACAAUGAGUUUAAAAUUAAAAUGGAACAUUUGAAUUUGUUACUUGAUAUUCAACCAUUAACAAAAACAAAUGCCCCUAUUCUUAGACAGUUUGUUUCAACGAUUAAACAGCAAAAGGCUGCAUUAAAAAAUCUAAAUAUAGAUAUUGAAACCUGUCCAAUGACAUUGUGUGUGAUAUUGAGGAAAUUAGAUGCUUUGUGUAGUAGGGAGUUUCAAUUAACUUUAGACACCAAAGAACCAUCCCUAUCCACCCUUAUUGAAUUUCUAGACAAACGUGCGCUGGCUCUGGAAAAUUCCACUGCCGCCAUGCAAUUGACGAAGCCACCUCCUGCAAGUUCAGGUUUUAACCACCGCGGACGGGAGAACAAUGCCUCGGCUACUGCCUUGAAGGCGAUUGAAGACCCGGCGCCAGGAGUGAGCUGCUUGUUAUGUGCUGAGCACGCAACAUGAAACAUCAACGCUACAGCCUGCACUGCAUGUACCUACACCAGCCUCUGCAUCUACACCUUCACUUCUAGAAACAAAAUUUGGUUUCAUUGUAGCCGGUAACUUACCAAACAUCCCUGCUGCUUCAAAUCCGGUAACAUUAUUUUGCAAAACAUGUGAUCACAAUAUUCAUGACAGCGUCACCCAACUGUGGAAAACUGAAUCAGUUCCAGAAAUAUAUCCUGAAAAGCUUUCAGAACAUGAAACUUGUGAACAACAAUUUAAGGAAUCUGUAACACUUGAGAACAAUAAAUUCACAGUGGGACUGCCACUAAAGUUGCCACUUGACUCCGUUAACCAAAUGUUGGGUGACACUCUCAAUUUAGCUCUAAAAAGGUUUUAUAACUUAGAAAAAAGAUUGCAAAAAGACCCAGUUCUACUUGAUCUUUAUUCCAACUUUAUUCAUGAAUAUAUUGACCUGGGCCAUGCCACAAAAAUUGAUAUUAAUCAAUACAAUCUUGAUAGGGACCCUGUUUAUUUUCUGCCUCAUCAUCCUGUUGUACGUAUGGACAAAAAAACCACUAAAUGUAGAACAGUGUUUGAUGCUUCAAUGAAAGGUAGUAAAAAGAUAGCUUUAAAUGAUAUAUUAUUGAAUGGACCUGUCGUACAAAACGAACUUUUUGAUGUUUUAAUUUUGUCACGGCUUGAGAAAUACAUAUUCAUUACAGAUGUUAAACAUAUGUUCAGAGCUAUAGAGCUUGAUGAAAAAUACAGAUCUCUACAAAAUAUUCUUUGGAGAGACAUUCCAACAGAUAAUUUGGAUUGUUUACAGUUGAAUACCGUUACUUACGGUAUGAAAAGCUCUUCUUAUUUAGCAACUCGUUGUCUAAUGGAAUUAGCCGAAAAUUAUUACAAAGAUCAUCCACAAGCUGCAUUUAUUUUAAAAAAUCAGACUUAUGUAGACGAUGUAAUAGGAACUGCUUCAUCCAUAGAGUCAUUGAUAGAGUCAAAGGAACAGCUUUGUAGAAUCAUGGAUUUAGGAGGUUUUAAGUUACAUAAAUGGUCAUCUAAUUCUCCCGAAUUGUUACAAAAUAUACCAUUAGAAAAACAAUAUUUUGAUGAUAUUGAAUUGCAAAAAAAUGAUCUUUUAUUGAAAACAUUAGGAAUUAAAUUUAAUGUAAAGUCAGAUAAUCUUAUCCUUGCCUCUCCUGUUUCAGAAGGAAAUGUACCCCAAACAAAACGCGAAAUCCUGAGCUUCAUCAGCAAGUUUUUCGACCCAUUGGGCCUGGCUGGUCCAAUUGUUGUUUCAGCUAAGCUUUUUAUACAAAAUUUAUGGAAGUCGCGUGUUGAUUGGGAUACAAAGGUUGAAGGUGACCUAAAAAAGACUUGGUUUGAUUAUUAUGAUAGCUUAACUAAAAUGAAUCCUAUAAAUAUCAAUAGGUACAUAUGCUUAGACAUGUCAGUUUGCUUUCAAUUAAUUGGGUUUGCUGACGCAUCAAGCACAGUUGCUUACGGGUGCUGCAUUUAUCUCAGAGUCAUUGAUGCCGCAGGGAAUGUUAAAGUUUCUUUGUUAUGCGCUAAAUCGAGAAUUAAUCCACUCAAUAACAACCUCACAACACCAAGAUUGGAAUUGAAUGCUGCUUUACUACUUUCCAAACUUUGUGCUAAGGUACACAAAACAUUAUCUUUAAAAUUUAAAAUAAAUAACGUAUUUUUAUAUUCUGACUCACAAAUCGUAUUAGCAUGGAUUGCUACUGACAUCAUAAAACUAAACACGUAUGUUGCUAACCGUGUAAAGGAAAUUACACAAAAUACACAAAGGUGCACUUGGUCUUACAUAAACACUACAGAUAACCCUGCAGAUUGCUUAAGUAGAGGUCUCCUCCCGCACGAGUUCGAGUCUCACCCACUCUGGUGGAAAGGCCCUGGAUUUCUCCACACAAGUGAGUAUGAUUUGCCUUGUAAUGUUCCUGCAGUCAUGGAGGAUCUUCCAGAGUCGAAAAAGGAGCCAGCACAUACCUUGGUAUGUACCACCCAUGUACCUUUGAAUCUAAAUUUUUUAGACAAGUUCUCUAACCUACACAAAAUGCAGCGAGUACUAGCAUAUAUACUCCGAUUCUGUAAAAAUGCACGCACAAACUUGGACAGGGUUCAAUGUAACUAUCUCACUUCUAAGGAGCUAGAAAAGUCAUUAUUGUUAAUAGUAAAGUAUGAACAAGAAAGACACAUGAAGGACUUAAUUCAUAAUGUUAGUAAUAACAAACCUCUCUCAGAGUGUAACCUACAAUCGUUGCAUCCGUUUGUUGAUGACAAUGGUAUGUUAAGAGUGGGUGGUCGACUUGAAAAAUCAAGCUUGCCAUAUUCGCAAAAGCAUCCACUUAUCCUGCCUAAAGGUUCCCGUCUUAUAGAACUAAUUAUUAGAAGCGAGCAUAUAAAAAAUUUACAUGCAGGACCUAGACUACUGUUGUCAUCAAUAAAUCAAAAGUUUUGGAUCGUAAAUGCACUGCGUGAAAUUAAAAAGGUUACCCAUAAGUGUGUAAUAUGUUGGAAACUUAAGAAAAAGGUUUCUGAGCAGUUAAUGGGCUCGUUGCCACACGACAGAAUAAAUGUAUGUCGUCCUUUUCAAAAAAUUGGAUUAGAUUUUUGUGGUCCCGUGUCAGUCAAACAAUCGACGAUGCGUAGGUCAAUAGUAGGUAGUGGGUACAUUUGCGUGUAUGUAUGCUUCACCACAAAGGCCGUACAUUUAGAGUUGUGUUCUGAUUUAAAAACACAAACAUUUUUAGCUUCAUUUAGGCGCUUUAUCUCACGUAGAGGACUUCCAACGGAUGUCUACUGCGACAAUGCUUCUAAUUUCAAAUGUGCUAACUCAGAGUUACAUAAAUUGUAUAAUUCCAAAGAACAUCAAAAUCAGGUACAAGACUUUAGUAGUGAAAAAGGUAUAAACUUUCACUUCAUACCUUGUUAUUCACCAGUAUUUGGUGGCCUUUGGGAGGCUGCUGUUAAAAGCACCAAAUUCCAUCUAAAACGAGUAGUACAAAGGUCGUUACUUACUUUUGAACAAUUAAUAACUGUCUUGUAUGAAAUAGAGGCUAUUUUAAAUAGUAGACCUCUGUUACCAUUGUCUAAUGAUAUUACCGAUUACUCAUAUCUAACACCUGGUCAUUUUUUGAUAGGUACUGCCUUGAAUUCAUAUCCUGAAAAAGAUGUAACCAACAUUUCUAAUAAUAGAUUAACCUUUUGGCAGAAAUGUAAUGAUCUUAAACAAUCGUUUUGGAAGGUGUGGAGUAAUCAAUAUUUAAAUACUCUACAAAGUAGACCAAAAUGGAAAAAUAUGUUACCCAAUGUUGCUAUCGGUUCUCUAGUUAUUUUAAAAGAUGAUAACAGCUCGCCCAUGUAUUGGCCUAUGGCACGAGUAAUAAAUGUUUUUCCAGGUUCUGAUGGUUUAGUUCGUGCGGUUGAAGUAAAAACUGCCAAUGGCAAAACACAUAGGCGAUCUGUAACCAAAGUUUGUCAACUGCCAAUAAAUUAAGAUUUAAUUAUGAUUUAAUUAAGACAUUAAUUAGAAUUAAAUAAUCAGUUUGAUUUCUGUUUAAAUGAAACUCUCUCUGUUGUUAAACAAUUUUGUUUAUUAAGACUUAGUUUUAUAAAUAAGUGUAGUUUGUUCAUUAAGAUUCAGUUUAUAAAUGUUUGUUAUAUUUAGGUUCUUUGUAGGCCGCAAUAUGUUGGAAACACCAACAUUACAAACGUAAUUUUGGCUGUCAAUUUGACAACCAACUCUUUUUAUAGCUGUCAUAAUUUUUUUAUAAUAUAAUUCGCCAUAUUUGAUUUAUCGAACAUCGUUCGCAUUGUACUAAAAAUUACUUAUAAAAUUAUACUUCAAAGUGCUACUAACAAA